AUGCUGGAACAGGGAAUCAUACGCCCCAGCCACUCUCCAUUCUCCUCACCAGUCUUGUUGGUGCCAAAGCAAGACGGCACCUGGAGAUUUUGUGUGGACUACAGGGAGCUCAACAGUAGAACCGUCAAGGACAAGUUCCCGAUCCCGGUGGUAGACGAAUUGCUAGAUGAGCUCCACGGGUCUCAGUACUUUUCUAAGCUGGAUCUAGGUCAGGUCCUUUACCUGGGCCAUAUAGUCAGCAGGGAAGGAGUCUCGGUAGAUAAUUCCAAGAUUCAAGCCAUUCGGGAGUGGCCCAAGCCCCAGACCAUUAGGGCUCUCCGCGGGUUCUUGGGGCUCACGGGAUACUACCGCAAGUUUGUAAGAGACUAUGGGCUCUUGGCGGCCCCAUUAACCAAGAUGUUGAAUAAAAAUGCAUUUCAAUGGGACGAGGCAGCUAACACCGCCUUCACCAACCUAACGGACGCACUCUCCACUACCCUCGUGCUGCAACUACAAAACUUUGACCAAGAAUUUACGGUGGAGUGUGAUGUGUCUGGCAUAGGCAUUGGCGCAGUACUGCAACAGCAAGAGCACCCCAUAGCCUUCUUCAGCCGCAAACUAGCAGAUCGGCACCUCAAGCUAUCGGCCUACGAGCGCGAAUUGAUCGGACUGGCCAAGGCCAUCCAGCACUGGAGGCCGUAUUUGUGGGGCAGGCCCUUCGUUGUCAAGACAGAUCACUACAGCCUCAAAUACCUUCUAGAGCAGCGGCUUACUACUCCACCCCAACAACACUGGGCAUGCAAACUACUAGGGUUUGACUUCCGCGUGGACCACAAGGCGGGAGCCUCUAACCGGGCCGCUGAUGCGCUGUCCAGGCGUGAAGAGGACACGGCACACCUCUAUGCGGUCUCCCAGCCCCGUGUGACUCUACUGGAGGACCUAAGGAGCGUGUUACCCCAAUCACCAACGUGGAGAGUCCUGGUGCAAGAAUUGCAGUCUGGCACGACCAAACCAAAUUGGACCAUCCACGAGGGACUUGUGCUGUACAAAGGAAGGGUGUAUCUCCCAACAGAUUGCCCCUUGAUUCCAACUAUCCUCGCCAGCAUCCACAACGCCACCCAUGAAGGGUUCAAAAGACGCUACACCGCGUCCGUGCAGACUUUCAUUGGCAUGGACGUAGUAGCAAAAGGUGGGGUAUCGAAGCGUUGUCGGACUAUUGAAGAAAAGAGAAAAGAUGAGAAAUUGAGAUUGCGAUUCAGGAGCACAAGGAAAGCCUAUAGUUGUGGAGGCAUUUUCUUCAGUGAAUUGGGAAUGAAAGUUUUUGAUCAGCAAGCGGAAAGCAAGAAAAUGAGUACCUCAAGAUUCCAAUCUCCAUUCGAUUUGGGUAUCGACAUCGUUCGGAAGAUUCUGUUUCGACUUCCCGGCGACGAUGUUACUCGAUUGAAAUGCGUAAGCAGGAGUUGGUUCUAUCUGAUCAACGAUCCGGAGUUUGUUCGGGCGUAUAGAUUUCAUCGACGAUUCGCGUUUCCGGGAGAACUGUUUGUUGGAUUGUUUGUCCAGAAGACAGUCAAUUACAAUGCAAAGGAUUUGGAAAAUGUUUGUUUUUAUCGAUUUCUUGGUUCUAGCAUUCAAGGUAAAGCCGGAAAGCAGAGGGGUUGGUUUAAUUUGAAAGGUUCCCUGGAUUUCCUUCCUUACCCGUUCCUUGUAUGUGUUGGUACUCGACAUGGACUAGUACUCUGCAGCAGCUGUCUGUCUCGUCCCUUCGUGCACUCCCCAUUGUAUUGUGUUUGUAACCCCGUUACCAGGCAAUGGGUCAUUCUUCCAGUACCCAAAACGCGGCAUGGAAAUUUGGUCCUGCAUACUGGGUUUUUUGUGGAUGAAAUUGAGGGAAAUUACUAUGUUGUUCAUGUUGAUAAUCUUACAGGAGCACAAGGAAAGCCUGUAGUUGUGGAGGCAUUUUCUUCAGUGAAUUGGGAAUGGAAGGUAUUAGAAUUUGAUGUGUCUCCUCCUCUGUCAUCCAGUUUUGUGCUGGGACUGAGUUCACUUGAGCCUGCAGCAAUUCAGCUGAAUGGAGCACUUCAUUGGUUAUGUGAAUCGGGAAGCAUUCUUGCCUAUGAUGUCAAGGAAGAGAACAUAUUUUUUCUACAGCAACCAAACCAAAUUAUCAGGAUAGGUGGUUUCUCUAUGUUUCGUGGGUUUCUUCAGCUUAUUUGCUUUAAUGAACUUAGGACCUCCAUUGACUUGUGGAUGCGUGAGGACUACAAGAAUGACAGUAACAGUCAAUGGAAGCUUUCGCGGAGCAUUAUUGCGGAAAAGUUUCUGAGGGCAUUAUCUAAGACCUUGAGAAAGUCACUCAGAACUUAUCUUCCUCUUCCUUUUUGCGUUGACCCCGCUCGCAUUUCAGCAAUAUGGUUUGAUGAAUGGCACCCAGUACGGGCGUUCUUUAGGCUGGACUUUCGAGAGCAAUUAAAUCUUCCGUCGUUUAUAGUUGAUUAUAAUCUAGAGAAGGAAAGGAUGCGACUCUGGAAAUUCAAUAGAGAUCUUCCUCAUUGGAAUUUGGUCAGCUUUCCCUAUUUUCUUCCAGAAUUGCCGCUGUCUGUCCAACCUUCUGUUGUAAACGGGACAAAGAGGUUGAUAAUUUGACGAGUUGACGAUGAGGAUUGCUUUGCCUGGAUUAGCGCCAUAUACAAGGUUGAAUACAUUGU